CCAACAAAAAUCUCUAUAAACAAGUUUCAAGCUUUCGAAGAGUAUCAACCGAAUACAUUAAAGGAAGUACUUUUACAAUGGUUUGCAAAGGUUGUGGUUCUAACUGUAAGUGCACGGACACCAAGUGCGGAGACAACUGCGCCUGCAGUCAGGACUGCAAGUGCGUCUGCAAGAAUGGCCCCAAGGAUCAGUGCUGCAAGACAAAGUAGAAUAAACUGAACCAACCUCAAUAAAUUAUUCUACGACCUUA